AUGUACACAAUUUCUGUGCCACUCACAUUCUUCACGUCCUCGUUCCUCCCCUCACCUCUCGCUCUGCUCUUCGCGCACGUACUAACCCCUACCUACUUUUCCGCGCCCAUGUCCGCCCUCGCACCGCUCAAGCCAUGUGCCGCGCGCCAAGCGCUGUCGCUAGGCCAAACGAGUGCGGCGUAUGUGGCAAGCGCCCCGACCGCGCAGCACGGCGGCGCAGCGAGCCAUGCGGGAGACGCACGGGCGGAACGGGCGCGCGAGCAGCUGUGGGUGGUGGGGGAGGUCGAGGAGUGCGCGGGCGGGGAGGAGGGGGAGCGGGCUGCGAGCGAGUGUGUGGGCACGUGCCCCGACAUGUGCCCUGCGAGGGAGCGCGCGGCGCGCGAGCGGCUGAGGGACCUGGCGGUGUUCGAGCGACGGCGCGACGACCCCUUCAGCACGUCGCCGCUGCUCGCCGUUAAGAAGUUCUCCCGCACCCUGGGCGCUGGCGGCGUGGCUGUGCCGCGCGACGAGAUCCGCCCGCCCGCAGUGCUGAUGCGCGCACUGGCGCACCUCGUGCGCAUCGUUGGGGGGGAGGGGACUGGCGCAGGCCACGGCGGAGGGCGGGGCGCGGAGCGCGGGGCGGUGGUGCUGGGCGAGGGGCGCAUGAGCGAGAGCGUGUACGAGUUUGUGAGCGACCGCAUGCGCGGCAUGCGGCAGGACAUGGCCAUGCAACGCAUCCACGGCGCCCAGGCCGUGCACCUGCUCGCACCCAUGGUUCGCUUCCAUGCAGCAGCAGCAUACGAGCUCGCCACGGCCCCUCCCCAGGCAGCCCCUGCAGCCGCGCGAGAGGCAGGGACUGCUGCUGCGGGCACAACAGGCAGGGGUGGCAGUGGUGGGGGCAGCAGUGCAGCGUGGAGAGGGAAGGGUGGGGGCAGAGGCGAGGAGGUGGCAUCAGGCGCAGGCAAGAGAGGCACUAUCACUUCCACCUGUGUCCCGUCGUCGCCCUCACCGUCAGCGGUGCAUCGGUUUGACGCGCAUCUGAAUCUGAAGCAUCUGGCGGAGGCGCUGCGCAGCCUGCUCUUCGCCUUCUCCACGUGCCGCCACCAUGCCACCUCUGCCCAUGCACGCAGCUCUGCACCCAGCAGCAGCAGCAGCAGCACCGCCACACGCGGCACGAGCAGCAGCGGUGGCGUGUGCACGUGCACAGGAGCAGCCACAGACCAAGGCGGUGGGGUGGAGGGGGGUGAGGCGGUGGAUACCUGGGGCGAUGACUCGGGGUCAGUUGCAGAUGCGCAGGGCGUGAGGAGGGCAGCGAGAGGCGCAGCGCUGCAAGGGGCAGGAGCAGGUGGGAGGAACGAGGAGGAGAAAGCGGUGGAGAGCUGGGAGGAGAGAGAGGAGAAGACGUUGGAGGGGGGUCGGGUGGGAAGUACAGCUGGAAUGGCAGCGGUGGAGGCUGGUGGUGGAGGUGGUGGGGAGGAGGUGGAGGAGGAGGAUGAGGAGGAUGAGGAGGGAGAGUUCACGUCGCUGUAUGUGAUACUGCACAUGGCGCCUCACUCGCACAUGCCCACGUGCGAGUCCCUGGCGCCCAUGCUCUCCUCCCUGCGCCCCUCCCUCCUGCGCUCCCCUCACAUGCGCCUCGCCCUCUCCCUGCUGCGUUGCUACAGGACAAACAACGCCAUCCGCUUCUUCCGCCUUGUGAGGCAGCGAGCUACGUACCUUCAGGCGUGUCUGCUGCACUUUCACUUCACUGCGCUGCGCUCGGUGUUUCUUAAAGCAAUGCAUGCGGCAGGGUACCGUCAGCACCCCAUCCCUCUGCACCACCUUGUACCGCUCCUCCUCUUGGAUUCAGAGGAGCAGGUGCAGGCCCUGUGUCGGCAGCUGGGCAUGCCCCUCACCCCUGUGGACGCCUCCCCGCCCUCCCACGUGCCUGCCUCUGCCCCACCAUCCCUCGCACCAGCCUCCCCCAUGGCCCUGGUGCCUCGGGAACCCCUGCACCCAGCAGUGCCAGCAGCGGUGGGGGAGGGCAGUGGCGGCAUGAUGCCGUGCAGUGUGGUGGACGCUAAGAGAGUGGGCUUUCGCCUUGCCUCGCUCCCUGCUCCCAUGUAG